GUCCCGAACCGCGCACGCGCGGUGACGGUAGGAUGGUGGAGUUGGUACCUUUUGCGGUUCCCAUCGGGGGUGACAAAACCUUGCUGGUGUGGGAGCUGAGCUCUGGACCCACGGCCGAGGCCUUGCAGCAUUCUCUGUUCACAGUCUUCUCCCAGUUUGGCCUUCUGUAUUCGGUCCGAGUCUUCCCAAACGCAGCAGUGGCCGGUCCUGGGUUCUAUGCCAUCAUCAAGUUUUAUUCAGCAAGGGAUGCCCACAGGGCCCAGAAGGCAUGCGACCAGAAGCAGCUUUUUCAGACAUCUCCAGUGAAGGUUCGUCUCGGCACCAGACAUAAGGCGGUUCAACAUAAUACGCUGGCCCUAAACAGCUCCAGAUGCCAGGAAUUGGCAAAUUACUACUUUGGUUUCAAUGGGUGGUCAAAAAGGAUCAUCAAGCUUCAGGAUCUUUCUAACCUUGAAGAAAGGGAAAAUGAAGAUAUUGUGACACCAAUUCAGAAGCAAAGCCUGAAGUUCUUCUGUGCUUUAGAGGUGGUGUUGCCCUCCCACGAGUGCAGGAGUCCCGGAGUCGGCAUGGCUGAGGAACCUUUGGUUAAGAUGGAGGAAGGUCUGUUUUCCAGGUCAUUGUCAUUCCUUAUGAAAAGGAAGGUAACCCAGAAGCUUGCUAUUCAGAAGGCUAUGACAGAUGCAUUCCAGAAACUGCUGAUUGUGGUUUUAGAAAGUGGUAAAAUAGCUGUGGCAUAUAGACCCUGUGAAGAGGUCACAGAUGCUAGAAUCGAAGAGGAACUACAGGAUUUAAUUCAAGUCAGCUACUUUUCUUGUCAGCCGUGUGGCCAAAGGGAGGAAGAAUGUCUCUCAGACUUCAGCUUCCAGGAGGAAGAGUUCAGAUUGCCAGAACUGGACUAGCACUUUUGAAUUUCCCAGAAUGCCACGUCCUGUGGUUUCCUCGGGAAGCUCUGCAUCCUUCCCAACCCCCCUCCACCCCUGGGCUGCUGGAGUUUGGGGCCACUCGGGUCUGCAGCCCAAAUCCCGCCUCAUUGUUUGGGGCCAGGGAGGGCGGGGCGGGGUUGGGAAGAGGGCCCGGCAGGAGGUAAUUGUCGCCUUUGCAAGGGUAAAGAUGGCUUGCGCCCUGGGGACUCUGGGAAAAAGGCCCACUCUGGUGGCCCGCAUUGGAUCUCCGCACAAGCCUAA